AUGUCAGUCUCUUCAGAUCUAUCUAUCUAUCUAUCUAUCUAUCUAUCUAUCUAUCUAUCUCAUUCUGUUCGUAUAUCUAUCUAUCUAUCUAUCUAUCUAUCUAUCUAUCUAUCUCAUUCUGUUCGUAUAUCUAUCUAUCUAUCUAUCUAUCUAUCUAUCUAUCUCAUUCUGUUCGUAUAUCUAUCUAUCUAUCUAUCUAUCUAUCUAUCUAUCUCAUUCUGUUCGUAUAUCUAUCUAUCUAUCUAUCUAUCUAUCUAUCUCAUUCUGUUCGUAUAUCUAUCUAUCUAUCUAUCUAUCUAUCUAUCUAUCUAUUCGUCGGUUUGUAUCUAUCUAUCUAUCUAUCUAUCUAUCUAUCUAUCUAUCUAUUCGUCGGUUUGUAUCUAUCUAUCUAUCUAUCUAUCUAUCUAUCUAUCUAUCUAUUCGUCGGUUUGUAUCUAUCUAUCUAUCUAUCUAUCUAUUCGUCGGUUUGUAUCUAUCUAUCUAUCUAUCUAUCUAUCUAUCUAUCUAUCUAUCUAUCUAUCUAUCUCAGUCAGUUCGCAUCUAUCUGUCUGUGCUUCAAAACCUAAUUCUCUCCCUCUCUCUCUCUCUCUUUCUUUCUCUCUCUCCCUCUGUAUUUUCCUUAUUAUUAAAUAUAUUCUCUUUCGUUCUCUGUCUCUUUCAUUGACUGUCUCUUUCGGUCUCUUUCUUUCACUCGCUCUAAUUCUUACUAUUGCUCUCUCUUUCUCUAUCUCUCCUUCUCUUGAUCUCUCUCCCUUUCUCUCGGUCUCUAUCUCGCUCUAUUUUUCUUUCUCUUUUUUUCUCUUUCUCCUUUUCUCUCUUUCUUUCUCUUUUUCGCUUUCUUUAUCACGCCCGCGUGAAAAUGCAGUUCAUCAAGUAUUGAUUUCUAUCUCCACAAUCUAUCUAUCUAUCUAUCUAUCUAUCUAUCUAUCUAUCUAUCCCUCUAUCUGUUCCUAUCUAUCUAUCUAUCUAUCUGUUCAUAACCAUGUUCCUAUCUGUCUAGCUAUUUCUGUUCAUAUCUAUGUUCCUACAUAUCUGUCUCUAUAUAUGUUUAUAUCUAUCUAUCUAUCUAUCUAUCUAUCUAUCUAUCUAUCUAUCUAUCUAUCUAUGUUCCAAUCUUUGUUCCUAUCUAUCAAUCUAUGCAUCUUUGUUCAUAUCUAUCUAUCUAUCUAUCUACCUAUCUAUCUAUCUAUCCAAGUUCGUUUGUAA